GCAUCACCAGCAGGUGGGGUUUUCCUGCACCGGGACCAAAGUGUGAACAAAACGACGACAAUCAACAAUCGUCAGUCAGACUCAGAAUGGACACGGAAUUUACAAUCUCUGACCUCCUGGCACCGGGGGAGGAAUACCGACUGUACCAACUGACAAAGUUCUAUAGAGACAGACUCAAACAAGCGAUUGAAGAAAAGGUUGAAAGACUCGGUUGGAUAUUGACAAAAGAGGGACAUUUCAGUAGAGAAGAAAAUGAGAAAGUUACUGAGCUGACAGAGAAGGGAAACCGGGCAGAGAGUUCCAGACUCUUCCUCAGUUUGGUGAAUGGCAAAGGCUCCCGGGCCCGGAGGGCGAUGUGGGAAUCCUUUGUGACAUGGAGGACUGAGUUACCGAAGUUGGAUAGAAUACUGAGAGAAAUACAGGAGCUCGGUCCUGCUCCACUUGAAUACAUGAACUUCGCCGAAGGGUUAUCUGAGUUACCCUCUCAUCUGAUAGAUGUUCAAAAGAAACACAAGGAGACUCUGCGGGCACAAACUGAAACACUGAGAGUGAACACGAUCCUGAUGAGGGAGAAGGUGAAGGUUUUCCAGCUGGUUGAUCGAUACGCUGAGCUCACGGUCAUUUCUACUGUUCGAGAUCGGAGACUGGUGGAACAUGAGCUGCUGGCAAGAGGCAGAGACCACGAGGAGUGGAGACAGAAACAUCUCCGCAGAGAGCUGGAAAAAAUUCCGACUGAUCAGUUGAUCCAGAGCAGUUUUUCCCAGAGUAAAUCCAAAUCUGGGAGUUCGGCAGCAGUGGCCGGAGUCCCGGGGAUUGGGAAAACAACAAUGGUACAAAAGAUUGUAUAUGACUAG